CCCUGGGUGGUGGAGGUGGUGCGUGGGCCACGUCAGGCAGCCGUGCGGGUUGUGCCUGUGGCAGAAGUGAGAAGCUGCUUAUAUACAUGUGGGAGAAGCAAAAAUGUCAGAUGAUAUCAAGAAAAGGUUUGAUUUUCCAAAUUCUCUUAUCCAGUCACAGGCUGUAGGUCAUCUUAUUGCUGCUGUCCUAAAAGAACAUGGUGUUUCAGAAAAGAUACACCAAGCCACAAACCAGACGGCUGCCUUGAACUUGCUGUGGGAGAAGUGCUGCAGUGACAAUGUGGUGGUUCGAACAGCCUGCUGCGAGGGUCUGGUGGCCCUUGUUGCUCAGGGUCAUGCAGAGUUCAGCUAUGUUCUCAAUGGGAUACUCAACUUGAUUCCUUCCACCAGGAAUAUGCCUGGUUUGAUAAAAGCCCUUGUGAAAUUAUUACAAAUGCAAGCACUAAAGGAAGGACAAAGUGGGGAGAAGGACAUUCAGGAUAUAUACACUAUCAGGAACCAUCCUCACCCUUUGAUCACCGUGCUUGAACACAGGCCUGAUUGCUGGCCCCUACUCCUGCAGCAGCUGACAGCUUUCUUCCAGCAAUGCCCUGAAAGGUCAGAAGUUUCAUGUAUCCAAAUAAUGGCACCAUUUCUGUGGUAUCUCUAUUGUGAACCAUCCCAGUUAGAGGAACAUACCAAGCUUCGGCUGUCCCUGCUCAAAGUCUUACUGCAACCCAGAGGUCUUUGUGAUGAAGCAAAGCCUUCAGUAUUGGAACAGCACAUACUUCAGCUGUGCUGUAACAUGGUCCCAUCCUUGCAGAUGGGAGAUCUGACACAGACAACAGAGAUGAUGCUGUUCAUUGAGGAAGUGUAUCUAAGCCUUCUGCGCCAUCCUGUGUUCUGGAAAAGUCAGCUUACCCAACUCACCCUUCAGCUGCUGUGUAUAUGUGAAGUCAGUUUAAAGAUAACUGGGGAAUGCUCAUCUCUAAUUCAACUCUUAGAGUGCAGCAUUGAACUUCUUGGGGAGGAUUUUCCUGUCAAAUUGGUCAUUAUUGGGAUUGCUUUACUACUUCUACAGACUCCGGCAAGUCAACAGAAGCCAAUAUUAAACCUAGCUUUGAAGCUCCUCUCUCUUGCUGAGGGUCAGAAAAUCCCAAAGGCAUCUCUGCUGCUUGUGGUGCCUCUUCUGCAGAUACUAUCAUCCACCACCUUGGAAGAGUGUUUGGCCAUGGGAGAAGAAGGUCCCUCCAGGCAGCAGUUGGCUCUGAAUCUUUUGGAAGUGCUACAGAGGGAAUGUUAUGGAGAUGACCACCACAUGAUCUCCUGCAGGCUCACUUUUCCCAUAACCAGCAUGUAUGGCUCAAUCUUCACAGCCUGGAGGGUUCUUGAAGUAAUUGGAGAAGACUCUGCGGCUAGUGACUGGCUGGCUGCAGUAGAGUCCUUGCUCCCUGUCACUACAGUGAUCCCCACUCAUGUGUUUUUACUGCUGGCUCACCUGCUUAUUGAAGAUGCAGGUCAGAAUCUUCAGCAGAUACUGAAGGUCACCGCACAGUUAGCCCAAGCAGAUUCCUCUCAGGUUGUUUGCAUCCGCUCCACUUGGAAUGCCCUUUCUCCAAAGCUGAGUUGUGACACGAGACCGCUUAUAUUAAAGACCCUGAGUGAACUGUUUUCUCUUGUUCCUUCCUUAACAGUCAAUACAGUUGAAUAUGAGAAUUUUAAGGUCCAAGUCCUCAGCUUCCUCUGGACUCACACUCAAAACAAGGAUCCCAUUGUAGCAAGUGCUGCAUAUAAAUCUCUGUCUCACUUUAGUGCAGGAGACCACACCAUUCUUCACCUGCCAGAAAAGAUAAGGCCAGAAAUGCCUGCUCCUGAUGAGCUGGAUGAAGAGGAAGUUGUGGACCUUUCCAUUCCUGGCUCUUGCUAUAUCAGACUGUUGACCAUCACUGCUUCUUCGGUUUUACCAGCCUUGGAAGAAUUCUUUACAUCCCUAGUGAAACAGGAGAUGGUGAAUAUGCCCCGUGGAAUAUAUCACUCUGCAUUGAAAGGAGGCAUGCGAUCAGACCAAGGGAAGACAGUAUCAGGAAUCCCCAAUUUUAUAUUGAAGAUGUAUGAAACAAACAAGCAACCAGGACUGAAACCUGGCCUAGCAGGUGGCAUGCUGUUUUGCUAUGAUGUUCCCAUGUAUCAGAGUAAAGAUGGCAAGCCAUUGAAUCGGCUGAUGGCUAGUAGAGGGCGAAACUUCAAGCAGACAUCACUGGCCCUUGUCCAUGAAGUCCACGUCCAACCCUCAGAAUGGCACCAUGCUCUCUUUCUUCCACAGGCCUGGCUUGCAUAUAUGACUCGAGCUUACCAUGCCGUUUUACAGGGAAGGAUAGCAGAGCUGGAUCUGCAGUUACAGCAUGGCAAAGAAGGACCCGAGGAGGUGCAGUACAAACGAAGCACAGCCUGGCUUUGGGUCAGAGACAUGCUGACUGAUGAGAUCACUAAGACAGCUGCAAAGGAGAGCCCCAUGGUCAAAGGGAAUGCACUGUUGGCCUUAAGCAGCCUUGCUGUUGUGGUGUCCAAGCAUGAAGCCAGCCUGUCCUCAGAUUCUGAUGGAGUCCUGGAGGUUCAACCUAAUUUUCUUCCAGUGAAAGAGUGGGUUUCCAUGGUGCUUAAUACUCUCCUGGUCAUUGUGGAUAGCCAUUACCGCCCCAGAGGACAGCUCUUUUCCUGCUUUUAUCAUAAGUCCUAUUCUGGUGAGAACACGGCAAGCGCUAUCGCACGCUCUGCUGCUGCCACAGCUUUGUCUCUCCUUGUGCCGGUUUUCAUUAUCUCUUGCAAAGAGAAGGUUGAGGAAAUCCUGAACAUGCUGACUGCCAGGUUACCUGGGAAACCAAGUGCUGAUGAAUCUCAAGCCGUGCAAAUCCACAUGGGCCUUGCUUUGGGGAUGUUUCUGUCUCGCUUGUGUGAAGAGAAACUCAGUGACAUGUCCGGCCAGCAGAUGAACCUUCUUCUGAUGAAGUCUUUGGAUGCCCUGGAAAACUGCUGUUUUGAUCCCAGUCUUGAACACAACACCGGCUGUGUAUUGGGAGUUGGACUUGCCCUGUCCCUCAUGAGCCACAGCAGCCACAUGGAGUCACGAGUUCAUGUGGCGGCAUCUCUACGGAAGCUGUCUACCUACCUAGAUGACAGUGGGAGCCAGAGCAGGACGUUUCAGGAGGUCCUCGCCUACACACUUAGCUGUGUGUGCACAUCAGCCUUCAGUGCUGGCAUUAUUGAGGCUGUGGAGGCUGAAGAUAUUAUGAACAAGCUUCAGCUGUUGGUAGAGAACAACCAGCAGACUUCAGGCUUUACACUGGCAUUAGGAAAUCUGGUUCAUGGUCUGUCUGUGUGUGGACAUGGAAAAGCUGAAGACUUGGGCAACAGACUCCUCCCCAACUGGAUUAAAGUUGUCCUGACAGAGGGAGCCUCCACCAUGCUCUGUCUGGCAGCCCUUCAUGGUCUGGUGGCACUGGUAGGCGCAGAUGCAGAUGUCAUGCAGCUAAAGUCAGAAGCCAUUCAGAGCUCCCAUUUUCAAGCAAGACUUAAUGAAGUCAUUAGAACCUUAACUGAGGUCAUCAAUGUCUCAGGGGUGAUUGGUCUUCAAUCAAAUGCAAUAUGGCUUCUAGGACAUCUUCACCUUUCUACCUUGUCUUCAAAUCAAAGCAGAACUUCCGUUCCUACUGACUACAGCUAUUUGCCCGAAGGCAGUUUUAUUAGAGCAGCCAUUGGCUUCUUCGUUACAGGAGGAAAAAAAGGUCCUGAAGCUGUGCCUCCCUCCCUCCUCAAAGUGGUGAUGAAACCCAUAGCAACUGUUGGGGAAAGCUACCAGUAUCCUCCUGCAAACUUGGCUGCACUCCUCUCCCCACUUAUGAGGCUAAACUUUGGUGAGGAGAUACAGCAACUCUGCCUUGAGAUUGCUGUGACUCAGGCACCAUCAUCGCAGAGUGCAGCUGCACUGCUGGGCUUGUGGGUGAUGCCUCCACUGAUCCAUGGACUGAGCUUGAACAUCAAGAGAUCCCUUCUGGUAUCCAUGUCACUGUGGGUAAAGCACGUCUCUGAUGAACAGAUCCAAGCUUUUGUUGAAAACCUAGUGGUGGCAGUUUUUAAAGCAGCUUCCCCACCUAGCCAUCCUGAGUUGUGCUCAAGUGCCUUACAGGGUCUGAGCCAGGCCAUGAAACUGCCCAGCCCUUCCCACCACCUCUGGAGUCUGCUCUGUGAUGCUACUGGGAAAAUUUUUGACCUUCUGCCAAAUAGGAUUCGGAGAAGUGAACUGGAGCUGUACAUCAGUGUAGCAAAGUGCCUCUCAGAGAUGACGGAUGAAGGUGCCAACCAGAUUUCCCAGAUUAACAAGGACAACAUAGAAAAGGCUGCCUUUGUCAAACUGUACUUGAUCUCUCAAGGACGACUCCCCUUGAUGAGCCUGAUGGAUCUGAUCACUGCUGCUGUGCAGCACCAUGAAAAAGAGCCUCUGGCCUGGAUGAUUCUGCACAGCUUAUACCAGGCACGAAUUGUGAGCCAUGCCAACACAGGUGUGUUGAAGAGACUGGAGUGGCUCUUAGAACUGAUGGGUUAUAUGAGAAACCUUGCGUACCAGCAACCAUCUGUUCAGAGUGUGGCUCUCGAUGAGGCUUUGGACUACUUGCUGCUUAUAUUUGCAGCUGCAGUGGUGGCGUGGGCAGACCAUGAGGCUCCACUUCUCCUUGGCCUCAGUGCCAGUUGGUUGCCAUGGCAUCGAGAGAAUGGCCCUGGUGGUCCAGCAGCAACCUUGCUUGGCAAGAGUCCGAUGCAUAGAGUCACUGUGCAAGAGGUUCUCACUCUCCUUCCCAGUAGCAUGCUACUGCUGCUACAGAAAGACCCAUGGAGGGAACAGACCCAGAAGUUCAUUGACUGGCUAUUUAGCAUCAUGGAAAUUCCUAAUGAAGCCUUUGCAGCAAAGUCCAAGGAUCUUUUGAAAGCCACACUGCUAUCCUUGAGAGUUCUUCCAGAAUUUAAGAAGAAGGCUGUAUGGACCAGAGCAUAUGGUUGGUGACAGUCAUGGAACCAGCGCCAUUCCCCACGGAAUGAGGCAGACCAGAUAAACACGUUUUUUGGGACUGGUAUCUGAGAUUGGUGAGAAUUGAUUUUCCUAGUUAGAGGUCAUGGGAAGGUGGCUCCAUACUGACAUUUCAACUUGUGCAUGCCAGGAAAGGGGUGCAUUACUUGGGUACCCAAGUAUUGGAAACUGAAAUAGGAACAGAACUUCUGUAUGACCAGAGUUCAUUGUAAAAAUUUCCUUUUCUUUGUGAAAACUGAAAUUAUAUUUUCUCUCCCUUAAAUUCUAGUAAAAUAACCUUGUGAAAUUUG